AUAUGUCCUUGAAAUUAUAGAAAUCCCUGUCUUUGUCGCAACUGCCCCCUUGCUCGCAAGUAUGUAUAGACACAAUUUUUUGUAUGUAUGCACAACGCAGAGAAUCUAGGGCUUGUGAAUUUUGAUUUACUUGCAACUGGAUCGGCUCUAAUUCAAUCUGAUCAGUUUUGCUGCUGAUCAUCAGAGUGGAGGAAGUUAUUGUGGCCUUUCCCUCGUGUAAUUUCUGGCUGGAAAUAAUCACUUGUAGACAUGCCUUCUCUUCAACUGUUGCAGUUGACUGAGCAUGGUAAAAGCUUUCUAGCAUCAAGAAGGAAAACCCUGUUGUUGGCUUCUGGUAUCAUAGUUGCUAGCGGUACAGCUGCAGCGUAUAUGAAAUCAAGAAAUAGUGCUAAAAGACCUGAAUCAUUCGGUCACCACAAUGGAGUCGAUGACAACAACGUUGGACAUGACAAAGUGGUUGGAAAAAAUAGUUCUGUAAAAAAAAGCAGGCAAAAGAAAGGAGGGUUGCGCUCACUUAAAGUUUUAACUGCAAUUUUAAUCUCGAAUAUGGGCAAGAGAAGUGUUAAGGAUUUUCUGUCGUUAUUAGCUAUAGUGGUAUUGAGAACUGCCGUAAGCAAUAGAUUAGCAAAAGUGCAAGGAUUUCUAUUCCGUGCUGCUUUUCUUCGACGCGUACCCACGUUUUUCCGUCUGAUAUUCGAGAAUAUAUUGUUAUGCUUUCUUCAGUCAACUUUGCUUUCUACCUCAAAAUAUAUAACAGGGACCGUAAGUUUGCAGUUCAGAAAAAUACUGACAAGGCUUAUACAUACACAAUAUUUCCAGAAUAUGGUAUACUACAAAAUAUCUCAUGUUGAUGGGAGGAUCACCAAUCCUGAUCAACGGAUUGCGAGUGAUGUUCCAAAAUUCUGUUCGGAAUUGAGUGACCUUAUACAGGAGGAUCUUACCGCGGUUACUGAUGGUGUGCUAUAUACCUGGCGUUUGUGUUCAUAUGCUAGCCCAAAAUAUGUAUUUUGGAUACUGGGUUAUGUAUUAGGAGCAGGAACAUUGAUCAGAAAUUUCUCUCCAGCAUUUGGAAAGUUAGUAUCUAAAGAACAACAACUGGAAGGUGAGUAUCGACAGCUCCACUCACGGUUAAGGACCCAUUCAGAAAGCAUUGCAUUUUAUGGGGGUGAAACAAGAGAAGAAUCUCAUAUUCAGCAGAAGUUCAAGACUCUUGUUGAACAUAUGCGAACUGUACUUCAUGAUCACUGGUGGUUUGGCAUGAUUCAAGACUUUCUUGUAAAGUAUCUUGGAGCCACUGUUGCUGUUGUUCUAAUUAUUGAGCCAUUUUUUGCUGGCAAUUUAAGACCCGAUACUUCAACUAUAGGACGGGCAGAGAUGUUGAGCAAUUUAAGAUAUCAUACUAGUGUCAUAAUAUCACUCUUUCAAUCCUUGGGGACCCUGUCAAUAAGUUCCAGAAGGUUGAAUCGCUUAAGUGGUUAUGCUGAUCGCAUUCAUGAACUGAUGGUCGUAUCUAGAGAUUUAAGUACCCAUGAUAUAUCUUCUUUGCAGAGAAGUGGGAGUAAAAAUUAUGUUACAGAAGCAAAUUACAUUGAAUUUGAUAAUGUCAAGGUAGUUACACCAAGCGGUAAUGUUUUGGUGGAAGACUUGACCUUGAGAGUUGAUACGGGGUCUAAUUUAUUAAUUACUGGUCCGAAUGGAAGCGGUAAAAGCUCGCUUUUCCGAGUUUUAGGAGGCCUUUGGCCACUUGUAUCUGGGCAUAUUGUGAAACCUGGGAUUGGUUCUGAUCUGAAUAAAGAAAUUUUCUACGUGCCUCAACGCCCAUACACAGCUGUAGGAACUCUUCGGGACCAGUUAAUCUAUCCUCUCACAGCAGAUCAGGAGGUUCAACCUCUCACAAGUAAUGGAAUGGUUGAGCUGUUAAAAAAUGUUGAUCUUGAGUAUCUUCUGGACCGCUACCCGGCUGAAAAAGAGAUUAAUUGGGGUGAUGAACUCUCUCUGGGGGAGCAACAAAGAUUGGGAAUGGCCAGACUGUUCUACCAUAAACCCAAAUUUGCUAUUCUUGAUGAAUGUACCAGUGCGGUGACAACUGAUAUGGAAGAACGUUUUUGUGCUAAAGUUCGAGCAAUGGGAACAUCAUGCAUUACAAUAUCUCAUCGCCCUGCAUUAGUUGCAUUCCACGAUGUUGUCUUGUCUUUGGAUGGUGAAGGAGGAUGGAGUGUCCAAUACAAAAGCGAGAAUUCUGAUGUUGCUACUGGUACCGAACUUGAAAUCAACAAGAUGAAGACUUCAGAGACAGACCGGCAAAAUGAUGCAAUUGUUGUUCAACGUGCUUUUGUUGAUAUGAAAAGGGACUCCGCAUUCUCAAAUACGAAGGCCCAAUCAUACCUUUCAGAUUUAAUCGCAGCGUCUCCUGCGGCUGAUGAUAGGAAUCUAGUGCCUGUGAUCCCAAGACUCAAUGUUGUUCCCAGAUUAUUACCGUUAAGAAUAGCUGCUAUGGCUAAAGUACUGGUCCCCACGGUGCUUGAUAAACAGGGUGCACAACUCUUUGCAGUAGCUUUGCUUGUGGUGUCAAGAACUUGGGUUUCUGAUCGUAUUGCCUCUUUAAAUGGAACUACUGUAAAAUAUGUUUUAGAACAGGAUAAGACAGCUUUUGUAAGGUUGAUUGGUGUAAGUGUCCUACAAAGUGCCGCUUCAUCUUUCAUUGCACCUUCUCUAAGACACUUGACAGCCAGACUUGCACUUGGAUGGAGAAUUCGUUUGACGCAGCACUUGCUGAAGAACUACUUAAGAAAGAGUGCAUAUUACAAGGUAUUCCACAUGUCAAAUGUACAAAUUGAUGCAGAUCAGAGACUGACUCAAGAUGUAGAGAAGUUAACUUCUGAUCUAUCAGGGUUGGUUACAGGGAUGGUAAAGCCAACUGUUGACAUUUUAUGGUUCACCUGGAGGAUGAAGAUGCUAACAGGUCAAAGGGGAAUUGCCAUAUUAUAUACUUACAUGUUACUAGGGUUGGGUUUUUUAAGGGGUGUUACUCCAGACUUCGGCAACCUGGCAGGCCGUGAACAGCAGCUUGAAGGAACUUUUAGGUUUAUGCACGAGAGACUGCGUACACAUGCUGAAUCUAUUGCUUUCUUUGGAGGUGGUGCCAGGGAAAAAGCGAUGGUUGAAUCAAGAUUUAUGGAACUUCUCAAUCAUUCUGCUUUACUUUUGAAGAAGAAGUGGCUGUUUGGUGUGCUAGAUGAUUUUACUACGAAACAACUACCUCACAAUGUUACGUGGGGAUUGAGCUUGUUAUACGCUAUGGAACACAAAGGCAACAGAGCUUCAGUUUCCACUCAAGGUGAGCUGGCACAUGCACUCCGUUUCUUAGCAUCUGUUGUAUCUCAAAGUUUCUUGGCUUUUGGCGACAUUCUUGAGCUGCAUAGGAAAUUUCUUGAGCUAUCUGGUGGUAUCAAUCGAAUUUUUGAGCUAGAAGAGCUUUUAGAUGCUGCACAGUCAGAAGAUGUUGCAAAUUCUACAUCGUCAUCUGUGGUGAAGGAAUUAAACUCUGAUGAUAGUAUAUCAUUUUCCAAAGUGGAUAUCAUCACACCAACACAGAAGAUGUUAGCUAGGCAGUUGACUUGUGAUAUAGAGCCAGGCAAAAGUCUUCUCGUUACUGGUCCAAACGGAAGUGGAAAGAGUUCAGUCUUCAGAGCCCUUCGAGGUCUUUGGCCUGUAGUUAAUGGAAGGCUUGUUAAACCACAUCAUGUUACUAAUGAAGAGGCUGGAUCUGGUCGUGGCCUUUUUUUUGUUCCUCAGAGACCAUAUACAUGUUUAGGGACCUUGAGAGAUCAAAUUAUAUAUCCACUCUCUCACGAGGAAGCAGAGAAGAGGGUGACAAAUUUUCAUGAAAAAGGUCAAACGUAUACAAGUGGCACAAACAAUUUGGAUGCACAUCUGAAAGCAAUUCUAGAGAAAGUCAAGUUACUUUAUCUUUUGGAAAGGGAAGGUCGCUGGGAUGCUAGUCAGAACUGGGAAGACAUCCUCUCACUUGGGGAACAACAGAGAUUAGGCAUGGCUCGCUUGUUCUUUCAGAAACCUCAAUAUGGGAUCCUGGACGAGUGUACCAAUGCUACUAGUGUUGACGUUGAAGAACAUCUUUAUAGGAUUGCUCAUGAUAUGGGCAUAACAGUUGUUACUUCCUCGCAGCGUCCUGCUUUGAUACCAUUCCAUUCCACGGAACUGCGACUGAUUGAUGGUGAAGGUAAGUGGGAGCUUCGCUCAAUCAUGCAAUGAGUUGGGAUGGUUCCUUUAGCUGCUCUUCUUUAGUUCAUAUACAGCUUUAAUUUCUGCAAUGGUUGUGACUAGUAGGUCAAACCAAUUUAGACUUCCCGGAAACGAACGAAAAUCGGUGAUAGUAGCAAACGAAAUAUAUUUUCCAGUGUGAAGGAAAUAAGGAAUAGGGUAUACAGGUGAACAUUAGUUUGUGUAAUCUAGAAAAUCAUGUAUAGGCAUUAUUUGUUGUUUAGAGCUCUAUUUUGUUGUAAGAACUCGUAAGCCUAUCCAAUUAAUCACCCCCCAGUAAAAUUGCAGGAAUGUUGGGGGCAUCAUACAAAAUCCAAAUGUUGGUAAUUACUUAUGGACCUUGGACUUUUAAAUUUAUAAUAGUUGCAAUGUAUUGAUUUUUAAAUUUUAA